GGCAUACGAUCUUGGAUUGGAAAACCAAGUUAUUGCAGUAUCUUCUGAUCAUAUUUCUGCGAAGAAUAGAUACAUAUUCGCUCAUAACCAAAUACACAAGCUGCCAUCUGGCAUUGGAGGUCUUUUUAAAACCCAAUCACUCCUCUCAAAGAACUUACUACCGAUCCUUCUCAAAGAGCCACUGGUGCCGAAAAAGAAAAGUAAGGAUGAUGAAAGUAUAUACAGCUUCAUCAGCAGAAGGCUAAAUAGUGAGGUAACAUACCAAUUAUGGUAUUAUGUAUACAAGAUUAUCUAUAUUCACAAUAUCUCAUUAAUAAAAUACGGCAACAGUCUCAACCUAUAUACAUGCAUGCAGACCUAAUGCAAGAUGGAAACCAAUAUUGCACGAUUUAGAUCCGGCAUGCAUUCUCUUAUUAAUAAGGAAAUUAGAUGCCAGUUGAUCAUACAAACGGACUUCAUUUUGCUAUUUUUUUAUCCUUUUAACAAAACAUGCAAAAUGUUAUUUCUGAAAGUGAAUGUAGUUGCAUGCCAAUGCAUGGGCUCUCAAGACUAUUUUUAGAUGAUAGAUAAUACCUUAAAUUAUUGAAACUUUCAUUCUGCCAAUGAUGUUAAAUAUCGUUAAGAUACUGCCAUGUACCUAUGCAGCCUGGUGUAACUUGGCAAGCUGAAAAGUCAAGAUUAAAUUCAGCUUUACGUUCGAUUUUUAAAUCUUAAAGAUGUUAAAAUCCCCCCCCCCUGGUUUCAGAUUGCAGAUUAUAUAAUCGAUCCAAUGUGUCGUGGUAUAUUUGCUGGUGAUAUAAAGAAGUUAAGUAUAAAGUCAUGUCUUCCUAUGGUCUACAACCUCGAAGAAAAUUCAGGAUCUGUUGUAAAGGGACUUUUUUUCAGCAAAAGUAAGUGACAGUGUAUAUAAUUUAUAUUUACGAUCAACUUGAUUGAUAGAAUUAUAUGGCUCCAUACCACAAAUUAAAGCGCUCGGUGUCAAUAUAGAAUCAAGUGUCGAAGAAAGUUCAGAAAACCCCUCAAAAACACCACCCAAGAUCAUCGCUUUCCAUGCAUAUACAGAAUCAGAUACAGCCAUUUUUUGAAUCCCCAAUGGCUCGAAAUAUAUCGGCAAAUCGGUUUUUGACGAAUGAUCAAGUUUGAAAAACUGCUUGGAAUAUAAAAGUUAACAAGAGCACCUUUAACACACAUCUGACCGCCAUCGUGCAUAAUCAUCGAUCCUGGAAAACAAGAACAAAACCCGGUCGAAUAAAUCUCGGAAAUCACAGCACAAACUUCUGGCCAACAUGCUAUCCGUAAGAUUUCGUUUUCAUUUUCCACAUUUCACCACAGUAUAUAGGUAUUCUACAACAUUAAGUUGCUUAAAAAUUUCAACAAUUAACAAUCAUACCGCGUAUACAUGCACUGUACUUCCCGGCAAAAGAUGGGCUGCGUAAACGAUUUUCGUCAUUUGUUAACCAUAAAGUUAAACAAAGUUAACUGACUUAACUCACAGUGUAUAAUUGGCUAAAGUAUAAUAUACUGUAAGUGUCAAUUUUUGAAAAAGAGCAAACCACGAAAAUCAAUAGCCUUAUCUUCCCACUUCAGCAGGUUUGAUUCUACGUAUAUACUAUACACGGGAAUCUGAAUGUAUGCACGAAUGACAGGCAUGCACUAGAAUUCCCGCCAAGACCGUCUCUGUACAGGUUAAGAAUUUUACCGGUUGUAUUCCAUAAGCCCGCGUCUUCGGUAAAACUGACUAACUUCAUUUGUUAUUUGUAAGAUUAGGGUAUCUAGCGGCGAUAAGAGUGAAUUGUGCGCGAAAUGAGCAACAGAAAACAUAUAAGGAGGUAUGAUGCUUGUGAUGUUACUCUGAGUGUAUAUCCACACCGGGCAAGCUUGAAAAAUAUGCCUGCAUGGCCACGGUGGGAAUCGAACCUACGAACCUAUACGACCUUUGGUUCGAUUCCCACCGUGGCCAGUCAUAUUUUUCAAGCUUGCCCGGUGUGAAUAUACACUCAGAGUAACAUCACAAGCAUCAUAUUCACCUGAGUACAUUACACCAACACAGAAAAAAUUCAUAAGGAGGUAUAUAGGCCAAACUCCCGGUAUAAGUACAAAAUUCACUGGAAAUUUUUUUCAAAAUCCUUAGUAUGGAAAUACUGUAGUAUGGAUAUUCGUUGGAAAUAAUGUGGAUAUCCGGGCCAAUUUGUAUAGGUAAUCACACGGGAAGGAGUGCAAUUAAUGAUUAACACUACGAGUGAUAUUUGAAAAAUGUGCCAAAAUUGCACGAGUGCAAUUUGGCACAUUUUUCAAAUAUCACGAGUUUAUUUAUUAUAUGCAUGACAAAAUCGCUUUCUUUAUAUUUCAACUGCAUUUUGUCAAGAGUUUUUAAUUAUUUUGUAAGGAAUUUGGUAUAAAAAAACUUGGGAAAUGAUUAUAAACUCAUAAAGGCACAUAACUUAAACUAGAACACAAGAUUCAAACUCAAACAACAUAUUUUAGACUAAGGAAAUCUUUAUAAAUUGUAUUUCAAACUUACAUAGUCACGUUUCGCUGCAUCCCGCCAAGAUUAUUUCUUAAGACUGUUUCCAGGUAUUUUCAACAGGCUCUUUUUGCCAUACAAUGUUUCUUAAACUCACUCUUGUGCCAAAAUUCAGUUAAAUUCGUCCACAUUUGUUAGAAAUACUUAUCUAAAUUUCGCCGCCAUAUUGGAUUUUGUUGUUUUGAUUUCCCGCUCCCCCAGCCAUCACGAGAAUCAUUAAUUGCACUCCUGGAGAGUGCAAUUAACGAAAUAAUUGCACUCCUCUUAACCAAUCAGAUUGCAGUAAUUUUGUCAUGUAUAUAAUAAUCAUACUAAUUGCAAUUUCCGUACUAUGGAUAUAUUAUGGAAAUAGUAUAUACGGAUACAAUUUAGUGAUGUAACUGCAUGCAAAUUCCAUAGUAUGGAUUUGACUAUUUUUCCCAGUGAAAUUUUAAUAUAGUUAACACUCCUUAAGAUCCAGCCUUUCACCAGUGGAGAGGUAGGUGGGCGCAUGUCAAAGAACUGGGUCAAAGUGACACCGCAUCCAACUUGCACAAUAUUUCCUUAAAUCGCUGGGCAGCGAUCCCCAAUUAACUCGUGCAGAUUGAAUUUAGUCACAUUCAGGCGCUCUUAUAAGAAUUUUCAGUGGCGCCGGGAGCAUCACGAAAAAGGUCCAAACUAGGAGAUGGCAAACUAGGGGAAGUGGGAGUUUUUAAAGGGGGUCUAUAGGGCCACCCCACUGAUCUAACGUUUUCCUUUAAUUUAAAGAUUUUCAAUAAAUAAAUUCAAAGUACACUGAAUAUGCUCUCUUUUUUUCAUUAUACGUAACAUCAGUUUUUUAAGCAAACAAUACAUGCCUUAGGUUUUACGAUUUUCUGUCCCGGAUCUUUUGUUAUGAAGCAGUAACAAAUAUACUGUUUGGCUGCUCGCCUCCUUUCUGGUUUCAGAAUGUUUUUUCUUUUUUCCCACAAGUCAUACUCCUUUCACUCCUGAAAUUCCCCUGCAUACGUUUGAUGUCAAUAUAGGAGGUCCACCCAUGAAAGGUUAUUGAUGAUCUUUUUAGACUUCGCUAAUGCUUUCCUUUUCCCGUAUGUUUCAUCAUCAUUACUUUUUCUCGAAUUAGUAUACCCUCGCCACUAAAGUAAAAAUCCUUGUGCAGUAAACAUUUGACUGUGUAUAUCUCUAUAAUAGCAAUGAAAAUGGCAAAUAUUGCCCUUUUGCAAUGGAUAAAUAUAUAGCAACAUACAUUAUCUUGUGGUGAAGUGCAUGCCACUUUCUGGCAAUAUUCAGGAUAUUCAGUUAAAUAAAAUCUACUAGAAUUUUUACUUGCAGAUUAACGUCUUUCGUCAGGCAUUUUACCGAUUUUGAGGAAUUUAUUCUAAUGUAAUAAAUUUAUAUGAAAUAUUAUAAUUAUAGUUUGCUGGCACGCAAAUUUUUAUAAAAAUUUUCUUUCCAUCUAUGCUGACUCUAUAUAUAGAACUAAAUUAACGAAACUCUGCUGUGUGCUUUUAAAAUGUUCUCCCUGGGAGGAAAACGAAUUCAAACACUUGCAUGUCAUUGAACGUUUUUUUUGUAUAUUUAUUGAAUAUUUUCAUUCUUGCUUGAAAAGAAUGAAAAUGUUCAAUAAAUGUACAAAAAAGUUCCCAAUAUUUAUUAUACUGAAGUGUGUCUUGAACUCUCUCCUUGACCAACAAUUCUGUCACCGUACUUUGUAACACAAGACUGGUUACCUGGAACGCAAAUAACCCAAAUCUCGUUCCUGCAUUAAUAUGCGGACGUUCUAAAUGGCAUAGUAGGCCGUUUGCUGCGUCGGGAUAUCGUUCACUUCCAUUUCACCCAUCUUGGAACUGAAAUAGUUUUACCGGAACUAACACUUUCGAACACGCUGAGUUCAAAUCCGAAAAGGUCCCGCUCCGUAGACCUGCAGUUUUCUCACAAACUGCAAUUUUAUCUUCACUAAUUUCACGACAACUUUUUUCAUUGUUCGACGACACGGAUCGAUGACGACAAACGAUUUUGUCACUCAAAAAGACCAAUUUCUAUUAACCAGUCUACCUUUUAACAAAAGACCGGUUUUGCUCGAAUCAUUUUGAGUUAUGUUAUAUUAUGUGUGUUGGACGUAAACAACAUAUCUUGUCUACAACUUUGGGAAGGUACAGAUAAAGCUUUCUGAAAUCCUCAGUUCUGGCUCUAUCUCAAUAAAAUCACAAGGACGUUAAUGCUACUAAAGUCUUUUGGCUGUGUUUCUGGGCUGAGAAAUAUCUCUUUUAACGCGAUCAACGUAUUUAAAACAAAAGUAAACGCGAAGCCAACAGAACGGCAAAGACAAAUCUAAAAUGAAAUAUUGUCGAUGGGUUGCUGGUAGAAGACUUACGACAAGAUCACUCUUAAAUAAUCUUAAACUAGAAGAAUAUAAAUGUUCACAUCAAAGACAAAUAUCAGUGCCAUGAACUAGUAUAAAAUCUGCUCUGUAAACUUACGACGAAGUGGAGAAAUGUGUGCAUGAGCUGUUUAUUUGGUGAUUACAACGUAUAUGAAAGCCCUCUUUCCAAUAAUACUUGCUAAUCGCACAGAAUAACACCAACUGAUAUAAUUAUAGUUCAAAUGCAAUGAUAAGUUACCUCUUGAAUUACGUCUCAAAAACUGUGUUGGAAAUUUAAAUGCUGAUCCUUUACAUAACAUUACCGUUUUACAUCGUUGUAUAAAACAUUUUGAUCGCAUGUAAGGUAUUAUUUCUUAGCCCAGAGACAUAGCCAAAAGACAUAGCCAAAAGACAUAGCAAUAACGUCCUUGUAAUUUUAUUGAGAUAGAGCCAGAACUGAGGAUCUCAGAAAGCUUUAUCUGUGCCUUCCCAAAGUUGUAGACAAGAUAUGUUGUUUACGUCCAACACGCAUAAUAUAACAUAACUCAAAAUGAUUCGAGCGAAAUUGGUCUUUUGUUAAAAGGAAGACUGGUUAAUAGAAUUUGGUAUUUUUAGUGACAUAAUCAUUUGUCGUCAUCGAUCCGUGUCGUUGAACAAUGAAAAAAGUUGUCGUGAAAUUAGUGAAGAUAAAAUUGCAGUUUGUGAGAAAACUGCAGGUCUACGGAGCGGGAACUUUUCGGAUUUGAACUCAGCGUGUUCGAAAGUGUUAGUUCCCGUAAAAAUAUUUCAGUUCCAAGAUGGGUGAAAUGAAAAUCGCUUUCUAGGCACUUUUCGAGGUCACAGCAUACGGCCUAUACUAUAGGUGGUAAUAUCCCGGCCAUCGGAUAUGAAUCAGGCCAUCGAUAUUGAGUAUUGUUUUAUUUUCAUUAAGGCCCAGAGAUUCCCAAAGAUGCUAACUCACUUAUCGCGAAAGCGUUCGCAGAAAAAUGGAGUCUCUGGACUUUCGAGAAAGGUUUGACAACAUUGGUUGAAGCUUUAGAAAACAAAUUACUAGAGUCUGGUGUUACGAUAUUGAAAACGACUCACUUAACGUCGAUAAAGAUAAAUGAAGACAAAAAAAUUGAAGCAAAAGGAGCUCGAAAAGGUGAAGUAUUUGUAGCCGACCAUCUCAUUAGUGGUAUUUCCUCGAAACAACUUGCUGGAAUACUUCCUGAAGAACAUGCCAUGCUGGCAAAACAUCUUCUGAAGAUCAAUGCAGUUACUGUCGCUGCGGUAAACCUGGAGUUUGACGGAUCAGUUUUAGACAUUGAAGGCUUUGGUCUUUUAUAUCCCUCACGCGAAUCACGGAAAGUGUUGGGUGUUAUUUUUGACUCAUGUACGUUUGCUCAAGGAGACCGAAGAUCCUCGAAAUCAACGCGUUUAACGGUAAGUUUGAUGAUUGAUUUAUAAGAAAUGCGGACUUAUGGUACUUACUAUAAUUUUCACAAAGCAAUUGUACAUAAAAUUAAUACAACAUCGACAAGUUUGUUUAUAGGCCGUUUUCCACUUCCAGGGACGUACCGAGCGAUAUCUGGUUGGGGGGGGGGGUGAACUAAAAAAUUUGGGGGCCCCUUUCCUCCUCCCCCUCAAAACAUUUUUUCCGGAAAAUGGUGGCGACGGGGGGUGCGGGGCGAUGUCGACGUUUUCUUGCGAAAAUAAAACGUCCCAAAAAAUUUUCCAAACCUUUUUGGGAAAAUACAUUUUUCAGAGCUUUUCGACCUCAAUUUUUCACAAUAUUAUUUUUCACAAUAUUAUUUUUUUUAACAAUAUUAUUUUUUCACUCUAUCUUUAUAAUACUCGUACAGUAUAUUUAAAAUAUAACUUACUAUAAACUCUUUGUAUCCUUGUAAAUAUGUAUAGCAUCAUGUAUCCUAUAGUCUCAUAAUUUUUCUGGUAUAUCAUUUUCAUCCAUAUAUACCAACAUGUAAAUACUGCACGCACACUAUAUAUAUUUUCUAUAUUUUGUAUUUUAAUGUUUUGCAGGAACCAUCUGAAAAACACUUCUUGUGAUGGUGGUUUCCUGAAUAAAUAUUAUUAUCAUUCAUGCAUUCAUUCAUUCAUUCAUUCAUAUUCCUUAAUAUUUAACACGUUCCGCAAUUCCAUCAUUUCGGAGCCCCCUCUGGGGAAAUUGGGCCCCCUUCCUUCAUUAGUUCCACUUUGGUGCUCAGCAAACAAAGAAAUACGCUACUCUUCGGUAGUUGGUACGAUACGGUUGAAGUGGAAAACAGCCUUUAUCCCGAGCCAACGGCGCCAAGCGCCGUUCCGGGCUUACGAAUACUAAUUCCGCACGGCUACUUACCCCCGGGGAAAGGAAAGCGUUCAUGAAUAAUCAUGCUGGUCACAUGGCUAUGGUUCACUGUUCACUGUUUACCGUGCCUGGUAUGGUUGGUGGUCAUUAGCGAACACUGAUCGGUCAAAUUUAAUAUUUUCAUUAUAACGACUGCAUGACGACAGCGAAAUAACAAGCAUUUCUUGCAAAUAUAUUUCAUUUUCGCAAGAUUUUGUAAAUUUCAAAAGCUUUUUGAGAAAAAAAGUCGAAAGACUUAAUAUACAUACUAACAUACCUAAUAUAUAUAUGUUUGGGAAAUAUUUUCUAAUUAAAAGUGAUAUUUUUGUGGGAGAUUUCAAUUUUAAAAAUAUUCUUAAUAAAAUUAUCGUGUUACAAUGACAACUACUUUAAAUACUUCAUGUUCGGAAAAUAUAAUGGUUUUGUCAGCAUGACGAGGGUUUCCGCAUGCAUGUAUUUUCAAGUUUAAUUAAUAAUUACUUAUGCUUGCUGUCAAUCAUGCCUUCCUGCAUGUAAUGCAGCAACAAAAGUCCAUCCCUGUCUGUUCUGAGCCAGCUUCCGAAGCCAGUUCAUCCCCAGAUCCCCUCUAGCUGUUCUGCAACAGUUCGACCUUCGGUGUUCCUGAGUCUUCUUCUUUUUAGUGUCAAGUUUCUUCGAAACUUGACAAGUAUUGUGAUGAGUGGGGGAAAAUUCAUAUGAGUCAGGGAUCAGGCAUAAUAGUGUAAACUUUCCGGGGGGUGUAUACGAUAUAUGUUCGUAGUGAUUUAUUGUACUUAGUCAGUGCUUUGAAGGUUAUUUAGGCAAUUUCAGUUGUCUUAUUUAAAUAUUCUUUUGUCCUUUUGCCAAGUUCACAAAAAUUUUGAGGAGUGGUUGUCGUUAUUGUAAUUAUUUGUAAAUUUUAUAACAUUCGCUUCUCAUGUUGUGUAAAAGAUCUUUACCCCGGAACACUCGAUUUUUUCUUUAGCAGCGCAAAUGCGCAUGCGCUAUCAAACCGUAGAUGACCUACGAUGACGUGACGAUGCUAGGAAGGAGCGACACAGUGUUGUUUUCAAAUGUUACGCAUUUCAGAUGUGAAUAUUGAGUAAAUCUUUGAGAGUCUACGCAAUAUAUAAAUUGAUGUUAUUCAUUACGGGCAUUCAGUCAAGUACCGAUAUUACUUAGACGGUAUAUUCAUUAUACAGAGCUAAGAAUUAAGGAGCUAGAUAGUGCUUUUUUCCAAAUGUAUAUAAAACAUUUCAGCCCUAAUUAUAAGUAUUGAGAAAAUCUUCGAAGUGCCGAUAUUAUUUUGACGGUAUAUUCAUUAUACAGUGGAGAGCUAGGAAGGAGCGAGACAGCGUUGUUUUCAAAUACAUAAACAUUUCAGACCGAUGAAUAUUGAUAAAAUCUUUGAGAUGCAUAUAAAUUGAUGUUGUGCAUUUAUACCGGCAUUCAAUUAAGUGCCGAUAUUAUUUAGUCGUAUAUUCAUUAUACAUCGAAUGUAAAGGUGUAACACUACUACACCACAGAAUAGGUCACUCAGUACGAAGAGCAAAACAUUGCAUCAGAUCAGUAGAGCAUAAAUAACUAUCAAACAGAAGUAGUGUUUGUAUAUCAUUGUAUGGCGUUUGCUAUCCAACGUGUAGUCACGGGCCUUGUUCACAUGUCUGGCACAACGGUGCAAACUGGUGUUCAAUGGCACAAUGCAAUAUUCAAAUGCAACGAGAACAUCACCAGAUCUUACGAGAAUCUAUCUGUAUCAAAGCUUUAUCAAAACUGCUAUAGACUCUGCUGUAACUGUGAAAUUAUUGACAUCUAAAGUGACAUUAUUGAAUACUUGCGAAAAGCUGAAAAUGACUCAUAAAAAAAAACAACCUGAUCUUGGCCUUGGGAAUAUAAAGUCAAAGGUCAUUGAGACUUGUUAUUGAGAAACAUGUCACAAUUAAGUUAAAAUGCGGAAGCGGAUGCGGAACCUAGCGGAUCCAUGGAGCGCGUGCGGAACGGAUAUGGGGAUAAAAUGCGUCAUUUAAAUGAAUUUUUUCGCCUCAUUUUUAUGUGUCUGUGUUUUGGAUUUAUGUUUUUUGUAAUGGGAUGCAACGUCAUAUUAACUACAGUGUGUCCCCAAAAAAGUACCCUUAUAACAAUAGGAUAGAUACUUUUUAUAGAGGGUACUUUUUUGGGACACACUGUAGUUAUACAGCUAUUUCAAUUGUGUCACUGAGACAAUAGUUAAAUGUGCAAUAUGGGCGCUGAUAGUUUUAAAUAAGUUUAGUAUAUCAGUAGCCUCAUGGGGAUACUUUCAGCGACAGCUCCCAAUGCAAUUGUAGUUUUAGAAUAUACAAAAUUUGGUUGCUGGUGAAAGAAUUUAAAUUUCGAGUUGUCUCGUGUAGCAUCACAAUAAAUAAAUAAAUUGUACCAGUUCCACGAGGCACGGCGAAGGAAGUGACAAUGAAUUGUUUCUCUCGUAAAAACCUUGUUCUAAUCCACAUUUUUGAGUAACGUGCAGGGUUGGUAUAUGUUAGAUGAAGAAUUAGGCCAAAUCGUAUUAGUGCCGUUAUUGAAAACAAAUAAAACAAAACACGCUAAGACAAAAAAACAAAGGCCUAAUGUGACGUUGUUUGGCCUAAUUGUUGAGCAAACCUAUUAACCCGCUAGACCCUACGCAGUUCUUCCCGAUCUUAUUCAAUUUGAAACUUUACACUAUCCUUGGAUCCCUAGUUCUAUUUUCCUUCGAAGCUCAUUUUCCAAACCAUCUCUUUUGCAUUAAUAUGGGGAUGGUUUUCAUGCAUUCUUGAUGGCACUAUGGAAAACGGUGGUCAAUUCAGAUACCUCUCGGUCAGAAUUAAAGUUCGUCCCUAUUAUCAAAUUUUGUUCAGACAGUAAUCUUUUAUACAGACAGAUCAUAUUCUACAGAUUCAAAGAUGUAUUUUAGUCUUUAUUCAGAUUAAUUUAUUUUUACUGCAGAAGAACACUGACAAAUGUAAACUCUUAGUCUCACUUGCUCUUUCUUUCAUUAUAAUCAUACGGUACUAGCGACCAAUUUGCUAAUACUGCGCAUGCGUCAGUACGUCAUUUUUUUUUAUUUUUUUCUAUUUUUUUUUUUUCUUCUUAUAGCUAUUCUUGCGUUUGCGUCAGAAAUGAAAACCAUACUUUAAUCAUCAUCAUAUAAUACUCGUUUAGAUCUUUCUUGGUGGCAAUUACUUCGAAGAGCAGUUCGGAGAUCCAAACGAGGCAAACAAAGAUCAUAUCAAGAACGAAACAAUCAUCGCUCUACGAAAGACGCUUGCUAUUCAAGAGAAACCCAGUAAAGUAUGCGUUUCUAUUCACAGAGAGUGUAUACCACAAUACAAUGUUGGGCACAGUGACUUGCUUCAAUCCAUGAGACAUUAUGUUGCACAAUAUAAUUUACCACUGACAUUUGUUGGGUCCUGGUAUGACGGGGUUGGUAUAAAUGAUUGUGUUUAUCAUACUCAACUUGCAGUGGACAAAUUAUUUCAUAAAUGAGUAGAUGAGAUGGAAUUACUUAAUAUUUUCAAUUUCGAAACUUAAUGUAAGUAACGUACGUGGGGAAGCAAUUUAACUGAUAGUCUAGGCCUUGACCAUACAUGUACAGGUUAGUUACCGAGGUCGAAGUGACAGAGUUGCAAAGUGUGGUUUACUAUGAGAGGUCAAUAAGGAAGGUUUAAUACUCUACUCAACAGGCAACACCAUAAAACAAAUAAAAUAAGAAGUGAUACUUGACUAGAAUAAAAGCAGGGUUGACGUUGGUAGGAUGCUGACAUUGUGUUUGUAACUAUUGUGGUAGUACCAAUACUAAAUGACUAACACAUUAGAGAAUACUAAGGAGAAAUCAAUAACAAUUGAAAAAUAUUCGGUAGGAAAUAGGAAUAAGAAGACGAUUUUUAAUGACAUAAUUCGGAGGAAGGUUAAACACUUUUUGCAACUCUGUGAAGUGAAUAACCAAGUUUGAACUUUGUUACAAGUUUGAACGUUGAAAAUCCGUUUCCAGUUCACAGUUUAAAAAUCAUGCCCAAAAUCCAGCUGAUAGUGAUAUUUUAGCCUGCUUGCCGCCUGGAAUUUCCAAGCGGGAUAAUUGGAAAUUCCAGGCGUCAAGCAGGCUAGUGACAUUUCGACUUUAUUUCAAAGCCUUCUUCAGGGCAACUAACUACUUUGGUUGGUUUGUGUGUCAUGUAGAAAAUUCAGAAAACUGAUUAACUGAAAGACUGGACAAUGAAGAAAAAUUGUUUUGUCAUAUAAAAAAUAUAUUUUAAAUUAUAAUUGCUUACGUAAUCCACUUUAAGUGGCAGCCCUAAUAAUAUUAAUUGCUUGGCUAUUGGUGUCAGUUGGUGUAUAUUGUUCCUCAAAUAUUGUUCCUUCGCCCGAGACGGUGCGGGAGAGGGUGGUAAAAUCUCUU